CAGCGAUCUAACGAUUCUGUAGCAUGUCAGAGUUAAGCUGGAAUAGAGCUUUGUCGCUGUUCAUCCUGUUGUUUGGGGGACUUCUUCAGGUCUGUGGCGAUGGCGAAACCUUUCAGCGUGUCUUCCAAACGGAGGAGACAGUGCGUCAAAGCAAAUCACAAGAGAUACGUCGUCAGAUGAAUCAAAGCAUUGAUCCCUGCACGGAUUUCUAUGAGUUUGCAUGUGGCAAUUGGAAAGGAAAGUCAUCGCCACAAUCGAAGCUGGAGCAUCAGAUCGAUAAGGAUCUGUUGCGACUCUUGGAUGAGAUAGCCCAUGCCAAGAAUAGUCCAGUGGCACGUCAGGCCAAGGAGUUCUACAAGUCCUGCCUCGGAGCACAGUCUCGGCAGAAUCAACAACAGCAGCAGUUCCUCAGCGAAUUCAUUCAACAGAAUGGGGGAUUUCCGGCCGUGCCUGGCUCCAAUUGGGCAGUCUAUCAUCAUGACUACGAUUGGUUGCAGGUCCUAGGUAGACUUAGGAAAUAUUAUGGCAUGGAGAUUCUUAUCGGACUGAGAAUUGGCUACAACUAUGAGAAUGUUCAGGAGAACAGCAUCUACCUAACUGAGCCAACUACUCUGAUACCCAGAGAACUCUGCACCCAGCGAAGAUUGGAUAUACGAGAUGAGGCCUACGCAGUCAUCGAGCAAUUGGUGGCAGCUCAACUGAAGACUUGGCUAGCCAUGGGAAAUGACGAAUCAGAUCGCUUAGCCGCCGACAUUGUCAGCUUUGAGCAUGAACUCUGUGGAGGGAUGCAUGACCUGGCUCCCUGGGAUGCUGAACUGAAUCUAUACAAGGUUAACAAUACCCGAAAGUCCUUAGCCGAAUGGGGAAAGAUGUUUGGAAUGGAAUUUGAAACAUAUGUUACCACCAGCUUCGGCCAGAACGUUUUCAGACCCGUCUACAUGGCUGCCCCGGAUUAUUAUCGACAACUAAAGCUCACCAUGGAUGCCCACAAUGUCAGUCAGCUGGCCAACUAUAUAAUGUACCGUGCUGUGGCCUCACUCACGUUUCCCCUCGAUGAUAAUCCGGGAAAAAGGCCAGCUCACUGUUUGGAAAGCGUGAAGCGACUGUUUCCGUCGGCAAUAGGGGAACUCUAUGAUCGGCAAUAUGCGAGUGUUGAGGUCAGGCAGCAACUGUAUCAAUUGUUUGAAAAGCUGAAGGAUUCGCUGAAGCACAGUGUAACCGCCGAGUGGCUGGAGGAGGGAAGCCGACGCAUAGCUCACCAGAAGCUCAGCAAUCUUAACUACACGCUGCCUGUCUAUGAGAAGCCUCUCGUGCUGAGGCUGCAACUGGAGCGCAACAAAUACUGGCAUAAUCUUCGCCAGCUACUGGGUGAGGUGCAGUCAAAGCAAUUGAAUCGACUCUACGAGGAGAACGUGCCAGCGCCAUCUGAUCCCGUGGAGGCCUACGAGACUCGAGUGCUUUAUCGGCCAGUCCAAAAUCGUCUGGAGCUGGGAUGGGGUCUCCUACAACCUCCCGCCUACGAUGAGCACUAUGGGAAUGCUCUGAAGUAUGCCACAUUGGGAACAACUAUGGCCAGGCAGAUGGUUAAAGCCUUCGAUGAGAUGCAUUGGUCUGUGGGAUUACGGGAGCACGACAACUGGGAUGGACUCACAGCAUGGAGGUAUCGCAAUCGCAGUGAAUGCUUCUCCCGCCACGUGGAGGAGUACCUGCAAAGCAAUCAAAGCGCCACGGAUGAACUGAUAGGCCGCAGUGCCGGACUGAAUGUCGCCUUCCAUGCCUACCUCACCUGGUUGGGAUUCCAAGAACCGAACAAUGACUUCACCCGAUUAACAAAAGAGACUCUCCCAGGUCUCAACUAUUCCAAUACAGCGCUGUUUUUCUUAGCCUUUGCCCAGCAACACUGCGAUCCGAGGGAACAUCCCGAGAACGAGGAGCCGGAUCCUAGGCCAGUUCUCACCUACAGCGUCCGACAGCGUCACAGCUGGACUCGCCUCCUGGUAAAUGGACCGCUCCGUAAUCUGCCCGAUUUCGCUCGCGAAUUCCAUUGCCCUGCAGGCACGCCUAUGAACCCCGCAGAGAAAUGUUUUAUCUAUUGAAGCACUUAAAUUAAGCUAUCGAUAUUAGUUUCGACAUUUGACUUGUUCACUUGAACCAAUGUUGAUGCAAACUUUUACUAUAUUUUACAAAUUUCUUGAUUAAAAAAAAUUAAAUAUUAUUUAGUAAAGAAUAAUAGAAAUGUAAUUAAUAUUUUUAGACGAAAAUUAUAAGUGCUGCGAGAAUGUAUGUUCGUUUUAAAGCCAAUAAAAAUGCGUCGAUAAGAGAAAACUUAUGGAUUGUAAGAUUGUGAAUUUUGAAUUGAUCUUGUCAUAUUUAAAUAGAUUUUUAAUCAAAUA